GCACCACCCACAGGACCACAGGAGCCUCCCCCGCUCCAGCACGCACAGCCCUGAUGGCUCCCGACCCCAGCAGAUGCCUCUGCCUGCUGCUGCUGCUUACCUGCUGCCUUGUGCCUGCCGGGGCCAACCUGCUGAGCCUGGACUGGUUAUGGUCCAAUAAGAUUGUUGACUCCACAGCCACACUGGUCUCCAAGCCCCAGGGCAGCCCACCUGUGCAGCCCACAGAGGCCUCCACCACGCACGUGGUCUUCCAAGAUGACCCCACGGAGCAAAGCCCAGCUUCUGACAGCCCCAAGCUGCCUGUGGAGGAUCAGGAGGCUGGCCAGAGAGGAGCCCCUGCUUCCCCCAUCAUCUCCACAGCCACAGCUGCCUCUUCUGCGAGCCCAGACGUGAAGGAGGAGAAUGUUGCUGGUGUCGGAACCAAGAUCCUGAAUGUCGCUCAGGGUAUUCGCAGCUUCGUCCAGCUGUGGGACAAUGCUACCCCUCCAGAGAGCUCUGCCUCCUCGGUCUCCACGGACCCCCUCACCCAUGCUGGGCUCUCCCGCACCCCCCAGGAGAGCGGGACCGCACUCUGGCCAAGCAGUGGAGCUCUGAGCACUCCAGACACCCUGACAACGGAGACCAGCACCCUGGCCCUGCCCACCCAGCCAUCUUCCUCUCUGGUCAGCCUCCAGGCACCUCUGAAGGGACUCCUGGCAUCCCCGGUGUCCCCAGGUAGAACUCUCUCCUCUGCAUCAGGCAUAGCCCCUCCCUGGGAAAGACGGCAGCCCCCUGGGCAGUCCCAGGAUCUGGAAUGGGAAGGACGCUUGCCUGUGGCAGCUGGUCCCGGCCAGCAGCACCACGACCAGGAUCCCGCCAGUAUCCCCAUGCCCCUUCUGCUUCCCUUGGUGACGGGUCCCCUGGCCGCACACAGUGCACUCCCUGCCCUUUCCUCUGCCCCCUGGACCCACCUGUCUGAAACAGCAGCGGCAGCUUUGCGUGGAGACAGUGGUGCUUGGGUUUCUUAUGCCGCUAAUUCUGUGGUGCCUGGUCUUGCUAAUAACUCCACACUGCUCGGGGCUGGCCCCCUGACCCCUGCCAGCCGCUGCCUGCCCCUGCCACCCACUCUGCCUGUCUGCGGCCACCUGGGCAUUGGGCACUCCUGGCUGCCCAACUACCUCCAUCAUGAGAGCGGCGAGGAGGUGCAGGGUGCCGCACAGGCAUGGGGGGACCUCCUCCGGACGCGCUGCCACCCCUUCCUCACCUGGUUCUUCUGCCUGCUGCUGGCCCCACCAUGCGGCCCAGGCCCGGGCCCACCACUUGCCCUUCCACCCUGCCGCCAGUUCUGUGAGGCCCUGGAGGAUGCAUGCUGGAGCCACCUGGACGGGGGCCAGUUGCCCGUCACCUGUGCCUCACUCCCUGCCCAGGAGGACGGGUACUGUGUGUUCAUUGGGCCAGCUGCAGAGAACAUUAUUGAGGAGGUGGGGCUGCUGCAGCUCCUCGGGGAGCCCCCACCCCAGCAGAUCACCCAGAUCGAGGACCCCGACGUCGGGCUAGCCUAUGUCUUUGGACCAGAUGCCAACAGUGGUCAGGUGGCCCAGUAUCACUUCCCCAGACUCUUCUUCCAUGACUUCUCCAUGCUGUUCCAUGUCCACCCGGCCACGGAGGAUGCAGGGGUGCUGUUUGCCAUCACAGACGCAGCUCAGGCGGUGGUAUCCCUGGGAGUGAAGCUCUCAGAGGUGCAGGACGGACACCAGCACAUCUCGCUACUCUACACAGAGCCAGGUGCCAGCAAGACCCACACGGCCGCCAGCUUCCGCCUGCCCGCAUUCGUUGGCCAGUGGACGCGCUUUGCACUCAGUGUGGAUGGUGGCUCUGUGGCGCUCUAUGUGGACUGCGAGGAGUUCCAGAGGGUGCACUUUGCUCGGUCUCUACAGGGCCUGGAGCUGGAGCGUGGCGCUGGCCUCUUCAUUGGUCAGGCUGGAGCAGCAGAUCCUGAUAAGUUUCAGGGAAUGAUCGCAGAGCUGAAGGUGCGUGGAGACCCUCGGGUGAACCCCGUGCACUGCCUGGACGAGGAGGACGAUGACGAGGACGGGGCAUCCGGAGACUUUGGAAGUGGCCUUGAGGACAGCCGCAGGCCCCACAGGGAGAAGUCUGGCACGUCCCUACAACCCAGCCUCCCCCAGGUUCCCCCUGUUACUUCUCCACCCUUGGCUGGAGGCAGCAACACUGAAGGUUCCAGAACUGAAGAAAUCGAGGAAAAAAUUACAAUGGCUCCAUUAGGAGGUCAGACCGUUCCUGACUCAAAGUGGGAUGGCACGUGGGAUGAGAAUAUCCGGAGCCCUGGAGGCGGCCAGGAAAAGGGAGGCCAGAAGGGGCAGAAGGGGGAGCCAGGUUCUCCGGGCUUGCCAGGCCCAGUCGGUCCCCAGGGCCCCGCAGGCCCAGUGGUGCAGAACCCCAAUACCCCUGGGCUACAGGGACCCCCAGGACUCCCUGGGCCUCCAGGGAAGGAUGGCCAGCCGGGUGACCCUGGUGAAGUCGGGAAGCCGGGAGACACUGGUCCACAGGGCUUCCCAGGGACCCCAGGAGAAGUGGGCCCCAAGGGUGAAAAGGGAGAUCCUGGGGUUGGGGUGAGAGGACCUCCGGGACCCCAAGGGCCUCCAGGGCCACCAGGACCCUCUUUCAGACAGGACAAGCUGACCUUCAUUGACAUGGAGGGGUCCGGCUUUAGUGGAGACAUGGAGAGCCUCAGGGGUCCCCGAGGUCUCCCUGGCCCUCCAGGGCCCCCCGGUGUCCCAGGCCUGCCCGGAGAGCCAGGCCGCUUUGGAGUCAACAGUUCCUAUGCUCCAGGACCCGCAGGCCUUCCUGGUGUGCCUGGGCGAGAUGGGUCUCCCGGGUUUCCUGGCCCCCCGGGACCACCAGGACCUCCAGGAAAAGAGGGCCCCCCAGGAAUGGCGGGCCAGAAAGGCAGCCUUGGUGAUGUCGGCGCUCCAGGACCCAAGGGAAGCAAGGGAGACCCCGGCCCUGUUGGCACACCUGGGGAGAACGGCUUGGCAGGAGCCCCUGGGCCAGUUGGACCGCAAGGACCCCCGGGACCCCCAGGGCCACCAGGACCAGGAUUCGCUGCUGGAUUUGUGCGUCUGUGCUGCUCUUAGCUCCCAGAAAGUCUGGGGUGUUUGUGCCCUGUUGUCCCAGAGUCCGUAGCUGCUGCCCUGGC